UCCUCACAACUUCGGGAAGAUCUGAAGAGGUUCUUGCUUCAACAGUGAUUGAACGGGACUUCGAUCUCAUUGAAUUUUCAUAUUUUCUACGCUUUUGAUAAUAAAGCGAUAAAAAAAACCCAGACGAAAUGGAGACUUCUCAGAUUCGCCAGAACUACGACCGCGACUGCGAGGCUUUGAUCAACAAGAUGAUCAACUUGGAGCUUUACGCUGGAUACACCUACACCUCCAUGGCUCACUACUUCAAACGGGACGAUGUCGCUCUUGCUGGUUUUGCCAAGUUCUUCAAGAAGAACAGCGAGGAGGAGCGUGAGCAUGCUGAGAAGUUCAUGGAGCUCCAGAACAAGAGGGGAGGACGCAUUGUGCUUCAGGAUGUAAAGAAACCUGAGCGUGAUGUGUGGGACAGUGGACUGACUGCUUUGCAGUGUGCUCUUCAGCUGGAGAAGAACGUCAACCAAGCUCUGCUGGAUCUGCACAAGGUCGCCUCUGAGAAGAGAGACCCUCAUCUGUGUGACUUCCUGGAGACUCACUUCCUGGAUGAGCAGGUUGAGGCCAUCAAGAAACUUGGAGACCACAUCACCAACCUUACCAAGAUGGAUGCUGGAAACAACAGGAUGGCCGAGUACCUGUUUGACAAGCACACCCUGGAUGGAGGCAGCAGCUAAAAGCAGCCCUCAUGUCAUUUUCCUGCUCCAAAGUGUCCCUAAUGUGUUUUUUAAAUAAUAUUGAAUGUGUUCCAAGAGCACAUUACGUUUUCAGCACAUAGCUUAUAUGCAGAACUGUACAUUUUAAAGGUUUAAAUCAAGUAAAAGUUGAUACAGUUUUGCUUUUUAUAGCCAAGCCAUUGCAAUCCUUUUAAAUGUACACAAAUCUGGUAAAUUUGGUGAAUAAACAUUUUUGG